AUGUAAUCCAGUGGGGAUUUGGUUGACAUAAUGAUUUAUAGUUCUAUAGAAAUUAUUACCUCAGAAUGCUAAUUUAUAGAAUAACAAAAUUGUUACCAGUUUGAUACUCUUUAAAUUGAUAAUUGGGAAAAUAUGUUUGUACCACAAAUUAUUAGUUUUUGCUUAGGUUAGGUUUGGAUAUUUUCUGCAGCUACCUUGAUUAUUUUAUUCAAAGCUAAGCAUGUUCAAACUACCUAAUAAGUAAAUUAAGAAAUAAAAAAUAAUUUACAAAGCCAAACAUAUAAAGGACAAAUGGUAUUUGUUUAACCAGUUAAUUUACAAGCACUACCUUAAUAAAACUAAAAUCCUCAUAAUUAAAAUAUCUAGCAAGUAUGCAUACCACCUAAUCACUCUGUUUAACUUCCUUAAUAUGUAGAAUAAAAUUAAGUAUGUACUUUAGGCUAGCCUGUAAAUUCUUGA